GAGGGAAAAAUCCUGGAAGAAAACAACAGGCUGUGUUUAUUUCAUGGACCGCGGUUUAUUCGUAAACAAUGAACUAUGCUCUCCUGUUCGUUCUUGUUGCCAUAUAUUCGUGUUAUUGCUUUAUGCAGCAAGCACAAAUACUGCUGUUGUUUCAGCAUGAAGCUCGCAUUCGGUACGAGAACAUUAUACAGUCGUUUUUGGCACGGAGAAGACGCAUUGCAAGACGUUAUCGGAGAAAGCGGGCGAGAAUGUGGUUUAGCUAGCGCGAGUUUUUUUGCGCCUCCCAAAAUUCCCUGUGCAGGUUGCUACGGAAGCUCCCGUAGACCAAAAAGUCUGCUGCGCCAUCAAGCCGGUCCGAAUGGAGACAGGUUUGUGUUCUCACCAGGAGCGAACCGAACUGGAGUUCACAUAGAAGCGGACCGAGACCACCUCCCGAAAGUGGUCUCGGUGCGGUUCGUUAGUCCGAACCAAAAAAAAAUCUGGUAUGCUUUCACAUCAGCCCAAACGAACCGUACUUGCAGGUGUUGCGGACUCCAGUCCGCUUUAAGCAGACUAAAAGACGUAGGUGUGAAAGCACCCUAAAUGAUGAAGUUUAAUAAGUUUCAACUGUUCCAAGUUCACAAACAUCCGAGGACCAGGACCGAGAUCUGCACCCAACAAGGACCAAGGCAUCCACCGAACCAGGACUGAGAUUUGCAUCAAACCAGGACCGAGAUUUCCACCGAACCACGACCGAGGCCUGCACUGGACCGGGACCGUGGACCUAGGUCUGCACUGAACCAAGACCGAGGCCUGCACCAAACCAGGAGCGAGGCCUGAACCGAACCAGGACCGAGGCCCACACCAAACUGGGACCGAGAUCUGCACCAAACCAGGAACGAGAUCUGUGCUGAACCGGGGCCAAGGACCAAGGCCAGCACCGAACCAAGACUGAGAUCUGCACCGAACCAGGACUGAGGUCUCCACCAGGCCAGGACCAAGGCCUGCACCAAAUCAGGGGGUCAGAGCAGAAGAAGCAUAUAAGAGACAAAUACAAAUCCUGGACUGGGGCUGAAGAGUCAAAGCAAGAUUUAAGAAAACACAGACGUAUUCAGAAAGUCUGACGUGAGUCUCAGGAUGACGAACAGCGGCGACUGCGGAUCAUCUCGAUGCUUCUGUUGCUCCUUCAGCUCCAGAUGUUCUGUCUCAGAAACUUACGAACGCAGAGAAGCAAAGCCGGAACGUGAACGAACAGAAAGAGAGACGUUCUGGUUCAGCAGGACAGCUGGGAGGAUCAGGAGACGUCUGUCCAGAGUUCAAAGACCUAAUUCUCCUCCUCGCUGUCUAGAGGAAAGCUCCAGGCUUACAGUUACUUCUCACAGCUCUGAACCCUUGACAUAUGCAAUGACAGACCGACAUAGAACUGGUCGUGGUGAUAUACGUGAAGGACAUAGAUGUAAUAAUUAUGCAGAGUAUGCACCUUUGAGCUUUUCAAGGGGGAGAAUGAAUGAGUCAGGAGCCAGUGAGGAUUAUAUGAGUCUUGCACCAACUUGUCCUCGUACCAUUACACACUUCACCAGGCAGUCAGGCUUCAACAAGUUGCCUUACAGUCAAAAUCAUAGACGUUUUAAUUAUUCAGAAUAUGCAUCUUUGAACUUUCCAAGGAGGGCAAUGAAUGAGUCAGGAGCCAGUAAGGAUUAUAUGAGUUGUGCACCAACUUGUCCUCCUGCCCGGACACCACUCUUCACCAUACAGUCAGGCUUCAACAAGUUGCCUGAUCAAAAUCGUAUGGCUCAUUCUAAGACAAACAACGCUGACAGCAGAAAUUCAUCUACUAUAUUUUCAGCAAUAUCAGUAAAAGAAGAUGCUGUUGCUGACAUUUACAGUCCCAGUUCUAUGUUGUCUCCGUCAGAAGCCCAAGUUGUUGCUGGUCAUGUAGAGCUGCAGACUGAAGAUCUUGUGGAAAUUGAGGAAUCUGUUGGAGCUGUGAACUAUCCAGUCACCAGCAUCCUUCCAACCCAUCAGCUCCACUUCUCCUCCUCAGGUCCUGGUGGGAGUCCAAGAGGCUCCAGCAUUGUUCCUGGUUCUGUCAGCAUGCCUUCACUGAGUCACAUCACCUCUGCAGGAAACAACAAGCCAACACGAGCAGCAAGUUUACCUGACAUGAAACUGCAGAGCAGCUUUGAGGAGUUCACCCCUGAUCUGAGUGAAGACGAUGAAGGCUACAGGUUCCAGUGCUCCUGUCCAGGCCUGUACCAGUGCAGCGUGACCGGCCUGGUGUUUGACAUGGAGGGAGAAGGAGACGUGGCUUACAGGACGGUCCCUUGGAACAGGAGGCUCCUGGUCCAACAUCACAAGAGGCCUGCAGGACCUCUGUUUGACAUCAAGUGUCAGCAGCAGUCUGUGCAUCAGCUUCACCUCCCACACUGCCAGAUCCUCCCCACAGCUGGAUUCCUGGCAGUUGCUCAUGUGAAAGAUGACGGCGUGGAGUUCAUCACCCCUCAUAAGAUCACAGAAACUCACCUUGUUAUCAACAUCAUGGGCUUUUCUGGUUUCGGUAUUGUGAAGGACGAAGACUCUCCCCCUGACCCAGUCCGAGCAUUGGUUCUGCUGUUCUACAGGCCACCAGAUGAUCCAGACGUCACAUCUGUCCUCAAUGUCUUGAUGCUGCCUAAAAACGUUUCCCUGCGGGACGUGCAGCGCACCAGGAGGAAGUUAGUUGGAGAUGAGAGGUACAUCGAGACGUCCCCACACUGUAAACUGCUCCCAGAUCAGGUCUACACUCUGUCCACUGCACCUGAAGAUGACUCAGUUCUAGUUCAGCCAACAGAAGCUGAAUUUGAGGAGGACUCCUACGACAACUACUUCCCAAUGUUCCAGGUGUUUCUGGAAACAACAAUGAAACGUAUGAAGCUGUUUCUGAGAGACAGCAGCUCCCAAAGUGUCUGGGAAAGACAAGUCUGUCUUUCCUCUGCUGGACAAAUAAAGUCCAGUGGAUCAAACCCUCCAAAUCAGAAGCUGCUGGACGUACGGAGCUGCUUCAUCGACGGCACAUCAGGACCGGUUCUCAAUAGUCUUCUGGACAAGCUGCUGGAGAAAAAGGUGUUGACCGACUCUGAGAGGGAGUCAGCAGACGAGGUGAAAAACAGGAGAGACAAAGCUCGUUUUGUUAUCGACACGGUGAGGAAGAAAGGCGACGCUGCCAGUUCAGAGAUGAUGGAGUUUUUCUGUGAGCUUGAUCCCUUCCUCUGUGAACAUCUGGACUUGAUGUGAACCAAAAUGAAGAAAUGGAACAACACAAUAACGUGCAUUUUAAAGGUUCAACAUUAAACAGCAGAAUGAACAGUAUCCCACUAUAGUACAAAAUUGCGUCUUCAGCAUAAAAAUGUAUAUCACCACUAGAUAAAGAUGAGACAGUGUUAUCUACGUAAAGACUGAAGAGCACAGGCCCCAGGAGUGAGCCUUGUGGGACACCUUUUGCAGUUUUCACAAAUUGUGAUGAAACGUACGAAGGGUUCAAUAUCUCUAGAAAUGUAACUCUUACAGCCACAAAAUUUAGUGAGGACUAAAAGGACUGCAGCAGAUCACUAUUAACAAACGCCUCCAAUAGGGGUAAAAAAUUGGGAAAAAAAAGGUGCACAAUUUUCAAACAAGGGUGGUGUUUAAGUCCCAGAAAGUUCCUGGAAAUGUAUAUAUAGGGAUAUAUCGAUAUUAUCCACUAAAAAUACAGUAUUUGGUCAACAUUUCACAAACCUUUUAGCCCUCUAACAUCAAUAAAAUGUAAGUAUAGCAUAUGGCAAGGCAAGGUUCUAUUUUCUUUUGGCUUUUUUCACACAAAAUGGUGACGUAGGUGCCAAAAACUGCUGUGAACAGUUCUCUAUAAUAUUGGUCAGUAUAUGUCAUUUUAGAUACCAGCCAGCAUCUCAGAUUUUCUUCAGUUUACUUAUUUGUUAUCUGGUAUCCAAAACUAAGUUCUGUAAAAUACUUUGUCUACUUUUUCUCUCCAAAUAUUAUCAGUUCAAUUCAAGUUAUCUGUCUCCUUGAUAAUACUUGAUAUUUGUCCUGAAAAAACACACCGCAUGGCCCCGAACACCCAGAGGACAACACUGGUAUAAUCUGCAGUAAUGACCCUGAAACUAAAGGUCACAGCUUCGUUUCAUACAACUGCUCUGGACUAAAUUGUGUAAUAUGGUGGCGACAAACCAUAAAAAUGAUCAGCUUUUUAUAGUACAGCUUUGUUGUUGGUUUAUUGUUUUUAUGUUUGAAUGAAGGCUUGAAGGUUUCUCACAAAAUUAUAAUGUUUCUAACAGCUAAAAACAAUAAAGCAAACAGCACAAAACUGCAUCAUCACAACAGAAUCUCCUUUGGUUUCAUUUGUUUCUCUUUCUGCCCUUGUGUUAUCUUUUUUUUAUACAUUUCCACCAUGUGUUGUUACGUUUUAAUACUACAAAUGACAAAUGUUCCAUGUUGUUAUUUUUCAUUAUGAAGAAAAUAUGAUGUGACUGUUGUAAAUAAAGUUUCCUAAUAAAGAGAGAGAGAGAGAGAGAUGAUUCAAAAGGAAACAGGAUGUGAUGUGGUAAGUCAUACAGAGCAAGUUAUGAAUAGAAAAAGAGUUUUGUCACCUCUUUAAAAAGUGUUUAUGUUCAUCAGAGCUGAAGCAUGAAGUGGGACAGAUGUCAAACGGAAGGAGGAAAUACCUGCUUGAAUGUGUCAGUCAGCAGCAGGGAAUAAAACGAGACCAUAUUCAGAGUAAUGUGACCGUACGUGUGUGUUAGUGAAGUAUUAUGAUGUGA